AUGGCAAAUUUACUUGAUUCACAAUAUCUUGAUAAAGAUCUUUUAGCUAAUGAUCCAGUUGGAGAAAAGGAAGUUUUAUCUAAAGAAACUGAUAUAGAAGAUUCUGAAAGAGACAGUAUAGAAAAUUCUGAAGAAAGUGAGGAAGAAGACAUUAAUAAAUCAGAGUCUGAAUCAGAAGAAUUGGAAA